CCAUCAAAACAAGCAAAGCCAUCCAAGCCGCAGAAUGCAGCCACAACACCCGCACGUCCGGCCAGACCUUUGCCGUCUUCACCCAAGACCACCAGUACGACGGUAACCACGGGUACCCGUACGGCACAUGUGAAGCGUAUAACUGCGCGCCGGGAAGUGCGAUGAAGAAGAAAGCGGGGACUUGGACGUUCUUUUGGGCGAAGGCGGGGGUUGAGGGAGAGGAGGAGGGAGAUGGCGCGGGGUGUAUUAAGAGUCCGAAGGAUGGGAGUUGUGGGUGUGAGAAUUCGGAUGGUACGUUCGUUUACAAGGGGACGAACUGCAAAUAG